ACGUGCUCAGGACAACAUCGAUUGGGACGGUGACGCACCGCGAACGAAGUCGGCGGCGGCCGCGGCGGAAGAGCGUGGGCAUGGAGGGAGGAGGCACAGUCGUGGCUCCGCCGGAGACCACUGGUUCGCCGCCGUCUCCAGGUGUUCCCCCCAUCGACCUCUCCGACGACCACAUGGAGGAGCUGCUUCGCUUCACCCUCUCCCUCGCUGCUUCCCCCACCGCGGACGACCCCCAUCUCGCUCUCUCGCUCUCCCCCGACUACUGCUCCCGCCUCCUCCAGCCCGAACCCUCCCCUCUUAGUCCCCUUCCCCUCGAUGGUAGCGAGAAUACUUGUGGAGGAGCGCCGCCAUAUCCUUUGUACAAGCGCUUGGCACGAGCGAUACGACGAUGCAUCCACUCUCGAAGUUUCUCGAGAUCGGCGGGCAGCGUCGUGGCUUCGAUUCCACUAGACGAGUCAGUGAAGAUGAAAGAGAGUGAUUGGGAUGCUCUAAUCUUGGAUAAGGGAUCAGAAUUGCUAUCUAUGUUUAAUGCUGUGGAUUUUGAACUCCAUGUUCAAGAACCUUUCUUCUCACAAUUGAGAGCUUGCUUGAAAACAGUUGAAGGCAGAUGUGCUGUUGGUAAUUACAAUCGAAUGGUACCGGGUUCUUUGAUUCUCUUCAACAAAUGCCUCUUGCUUGAAGUUCAGCAUGUUAAUCGCUAUAGUUCGUUCUCUGAGAUGCUGCAAGCAGAGACACUUGCUAAAGUCCUUCCUGGAGUUGCAACAAUUGAUGAUGGAGUUCAAAUAUAUCGCAAGUUUUAUACAGAAGAGAAGGAAAUGUCUAAUGGUGUCUUGGCUAUCUCUGUUUCAAAACCAACUACCCAACCAUAUGAUUCCUUAGCCAAGCUUCUUUCUGGACUGAGUUAUGAUGGCAUUGCUGGCCUUCUUGGUAUGGCACACACUGUGGGAACAGUUCCAGAUGCAUUACCUCCUCCACGAUCAUUGUUGAUAUCAUCAUCUAUGCAACCUACUAGGCCAACUGUCGAAGGUUGUUCAUUAACUGAUGCUGCAAGGGCAUUGUCUAAGCAUGUUAACAGGAGCAGCAGUGGGUGGUGGGGUGUUCUCUCUGGAAGUGAAUCUAAUAAAAACAGGCUGGCACUGGAAGCAGUCAACCAUUUGUUGAACAAUUGCUGUUGGAUGAAUGUUCACUUAAUUCAACCACAUGGGCCUGUCUUCGAGAUUAGAGUUCCUGAAGGCUUUGGUGCCCGCUGGUCUAAAGAUGGUUUAAAGUUCAUUGGAUUCUUGGAACCUUACACUGAAGAAGGCUUCUCAAAAGGGUGGAAGCAUUAGACCUGUUCUAUUUGUAAAUGCUUUUAUCAAUCAUUAGUGGUAGGUUUUAACAUUCCAUUAAGCAACCCUAUGUCAUUAAGAUUUAUGUGUAGGAUUUAUUGUGUGACAUGAUUAACUAUUUUGACAUGUCACGACGGAUAAACUACUUUGUUUUCUUUCUCGUUUUUGAAUAAAAAAUGUUACCUUUUUUUAAUAUCUAAAGC